AUGACCGCGCCGGACAAAGGUAUAGUGCAGUUUGUCACUGCAGACGAGCCAGCAAUCACCGCCUCUGCCUCGCCGCCGCGCCGCGAUCCCAUUGAAGACGCCGACGCAAGCUACACCCGUAAACGCCCCCGCCUACAUAGCGGGAGCAAUAGCCUGUGCGCCAUGCCUAGCGACCCUCAAACCCCCACGAAUACCACUGCAUCGCCCUCUGAGAAGCAGGUAGAGAUGACCAUACGCUCACACCCGCCCUCCUCUCCGGUACGCGUUGGAGAUGACGACCAUGGCAAUGCUAGUGACUUCCCCGAGGGACCUUCACCCACCCCGGGCCAGUCGCCUAUACUCAUCACCAGUAGUGAAGACGAGCGCGGAAGUCCGCCCAUUAUGGUAAUUGACGAUGAUUACGAGGCAAUCGGCUUUUCUGUACAGAUGGACGCAGAGGACUAUUUUCGCCGGUUUCCCUACUCCCAGCACGGUACCUACUCUACCGUUAUUCGCGACUUGACACAACACAUACAAGGAAUCGACAACGACAUCGAUCUCGACUUCUUUCCUGGCCUUUCACGAUGGCUGACCGAUAUACCCGAACCCUCAGCCGACUUGUACGGCUUUUAUACGAGCAAGGCCAUGUUCUGGGACGAUCUUGCCUUACUGGUCAAUAAAGUGUUAUCACGCAGGGCUGCAUUUGGACACCAAUUAGACGAUCGUCGUACAGGCGACAUGUUCUACGGUUUCCUGAGUGCAUACAUCAGAAUAUGCUCUUUCCUUCUACUUGCCGAUGUCCUCUUGCUCUCCCGACCGCGUCCUAAUGAGAUCUAUAAUUUGCCUCUCCUUAGCCAGAAGCACAUGCGGAAUUGGCAUACCAUUCUUCGCCCCGAAAAGGCUCCUGUAUUUUCUAUGGUUAGCAAAGAAUACUCCACCGAUAUCCGCAAAAUGGUUUCGCUACUGCAGAAGGACUUUCUGGCCGCCAACGGUGCUCAAAAUCUGCUACAGCUGGCCAACGAGGCCUUCCACCACGUACCUUCGAGCACGCAAACCCAAAUCGCAGCGGUCGCCGCUCCUGUCUUGAGUUCGUUGGGCGUAUCAAUGUUCCAGGAUUCUAAGCUUGCCGGCGACGACGAUCGCUCUGAGUUCUGUCGCGGAACCCUACUAUUCUUGGAAAAGUACAUGGACGAUCUCUUCGAUUUGAGCAGAACCACCGAUGCUACCGUCGCCCGAGACUUGAUUCAACACUUUUACACGCUAUUGUUCGAGCUAUGCCUCUGGGACAAGAAGAUAGAGUCCUGUCUAGUCGACAGGUUCUUAGACUUCAGGAGCAUAGAUUCACCGACCACCUUGUCCUCCAUCGAAAACAGUCCUGCCGGAAAUCAGGACGCGUAUCGCAAUGACCCUCAGUACUUUCCGGCACUAGUCGCCAACGCCUGGAAGUUCAAGAUUCUGCGCCGAUACCUUACCAAAGGCAAAAUGGACUUGCGCGUAAUGAGUAUAGCUGUCAUGGAUAUAAGCUUGGUCGAAAUCUGGAAACAGUACAACGAGGUCGACGCAACAGGAAAGCAUCCUGUCAUGCGGUACCUAGCGGACUUUCUCCUCGACGGGAAAGUGGUUGACUACCUCGUCAGUGUGGACUCUCAUCCGCAAUUGAUCGCGCGCAGUGGGAACAUUGUUGGAUUUCUUAUCGUGACCCAGCGUUGGACGGAUUCACAAGCGGACGCCAUCUGGAACACGGUCGCCACAAAUCCUGACCCUCGAGUCGUUACCGCAACUAUGUCCAUGCUUAGGCCAAUCACCCAUCUGAUGAAGCCCGCUGAUCAUUUGUACUUUUGCACUAAGCUUUACGAGAUGCCCAUCAGCAGCUAUACGAUGGAAAUCUUCCGGUUUCUCCAAGAGUUGGGCCUAAAGAUUGUGGAGAAGGCCUCACCGGAAGACUAUGCCGCACGGGGAGACACCGCUAGGCCGUGGAAUGUUUGCAUCCGCCUCAUCCGCGACACAAUGUCUCAGAAAGCGGCAGACAAAGACAUGCUGGACCUGUACUGCGAGGCUGCUGAGCACCUCAAAACUUUCGCACAUAGCGUCUCUGUUGAAGAGCGGCACUCAAUCUACAGGGAUUGUGCGGAUUACAUUGGCAGCAACUCAGCCAAGGCGACUGGUAGUGCAAGAGUCAUCUUCUCGCUCGCCUCACCAAUUCCUUCCGGAGACGGACUCUUCUUCCAAAAGAACCAGGAUGUGACACGCAGAAUUCUGAACGAGACCACAUCGUUCAUCGACACAGAGAAAGACCUUGAGUCAUCCACGCACCAACAGCUAGCUCUCCGUUGUAGGUUGGAGCUUCUAGCACUCUUGAUCUGUCGUGCUGGACCAGCCAUACCUGUUGAGAUGUAUGAGCAACUAUGGGAACACACCAUCGGCCUACGUGCACUCUCGAACACCGCCAGGGACUGGGCAUGGGUGCAACUACUUCAAACGCUCAAGGUCGCCCCAGAUAACGACUACUGUAGGCAACUUGUCUCAUCCCACAUGAUAGACAUGGAUCCUAGAAUGUACACGAAUGGCAUGUUCGAAUUUGUCGCGAACUACAACUUUCCUAUGACGCGGCAGCUCGUGGUGACUGACCAGGGGGAAAAGACUGUGUUGCAGAUUCCUGGUGCCGACGUGCUAUGGUCUAUGGUUCUAUCGUCACCCGAAGACACUAUUGAAGACCGCGCUGCUCGUCUUCUUGCGAGUCGCUAUAUAGAGAUCAACGAAGCCGAGGGCGUUAUGCUAGCAGGUGUGGAAGCUGCUCAUAUUGUCCUGGUCGAGAAAUGCAUGCAGGAGAUGCGUUCGGCUUGCCACGUCAUACGCAGUCAAUCCUCAGAUGGUGGAGAGCCAACAAACAUGGACGUCACCAUGUUCAAUACGACAGUACAUGAGAAUGAGGGGCGUUGUCGCAGAAUCAUCUUGUUCCAAAAGCUGCUGCUUGAGAAGAUACGCCAAAAACCAGAGUUCAAUCGCAGUCGAAGAGCGGAUUCCAAAGUCGAUGAGACGGAUAUACCCUACGGCGAUUCGAUCGCGAUCCGAUUCCAGUGCGGCAACAACGACAGACAGGUCGUGAUGAUGAGCGCUGAUCACACUGUAGAAGAUCUCUACCGGAGAUUAUGUCAUGCAUCAGGAUACACCAAGGUCAACCUUUUCGCGAAAGGCCAGCGGCUCAACGUCACCGAGAGGUCGAACGAGAAACUCAGCAGUAUAGACUUUGGAGGACAACUCCUCGUACAAAGGGCCCCGGACGCGGAAGUUACUCGCCCUCUGUCAGGACAGAGUACGGGAUGUUCGGUUUUUGAAUCCACAGUGGUCAAAUAUUUUGAUGAGCUGUUCUCAUUAAUGGACUCCAAUGAUAACAUCAGCCAAAUGGUAUUCGAUUACUUGAGUUUCUUCCCAGCUCGACAUGCUUUUGCGGACAGUGUUAUGGCGGGCACGGCACGAUCAGAGGAUCUUUUUCCCCCAGGAAAAUUAUACCAGGCAAGAUACGCGGCUAUGGCUCUGCAGGCUAGACUGCGAGAGCAGAUACGCAAUUCGAACCUAGACGAGAAGUUCCUAGGCAAUGCCAUCCGCCAGUUGAACGAAGCGCUUCUAAAUCCUCGACUCGUUAGCGAUACGAUAUCGAGCUUCCAAGAGUUACAACUAGCGGCUGUCCUCGUAGCAGCCCUGCUAGAGUUCCUUAGAGAGCGCCCUUCCCCCGACGCCUCGGCCACCUAUUUUUCCGAUGGCGCACGACUCGGAAACCGCCUUAUGAUGAUCCUAUCCAUGGCACUCGAAACGAACGAAGAUGUUACCGUGGUUCGAGAUUGCUAUAGUACCAUCUUAGAAGCAUCGCUUCACUCUCGAGUCAUAUGGGAAGCUUUCGUUGAACAUCCCCAAAUUGCGCGGUUACACCAAACGCUACUUCUGAACGACGCCAGGCAGUCUUUACGGGAACAUAUUGCUCAGAAAAUCGCUUCCGUCUGCGGUGGCGAUCUUCCAUCCACAUGUCCGCUCACCAAAGGCGAGAUUGCUACUCAGUUCUGGGCGGUCAUUUCUGCGAUCCUCCCAGAUUCUGUGCACCGUUCUACACAGUCUCACCAACUCUUCGACAUCGCCGAGCAUGUUUUCCGCGCUAAGGACGAGUACGAACGCGAUGAAGCUUCACUCAGGCUGUGCUUGAUGAGGUGGAGUGAUCUACUAUUGAACCACAAACAUCAAGAGUUUGUAGGACGAGACGAAAUCGACUAUGUAGUUCUCGGUCUCACCAAGCUCAUCUUAUGUUGCAUAUUGUCACUUAAGUCGUUUAAGAGGCCUCUCAAUGCAGGCGACGUAAUGGAGAAGAUCUUCAAGAAGUAUAUUUUCACAAAGAGCUCCUCUACUGCAGAGGCGAGCCUGGCAACUGUUCCAAUUCUAGAGUCACACACGAGGCAUGAGAUGUACGACCUCAUGCUUGCCCUGGUUGAUGACAGCAGCACGUACAAUACCCUCAUCAAGCUCGCAGGAGACGUGGAAAACGAGGAAAACGAGCCCGCAUUGGCAACCAUCUCCGUCGACCGCUCCAUGGAGAUACGCUCUGGCACGGGCUAUGUGGGUUUGUACAACCCGCGCGCUAUAUGCUAUGCAAACUCCCUUCUUACUCAGCUUUUCAUGAACCUGAACUUCCGCAAGUUCAUUCUGGGCUUGGAGCUCCAAGAAGGCAGUGGCUCUCAACGGCUCCUUCUUGAAACACAGAGGCUGUUUACGAAUAUGCAGCACUCUUUUCGCAGGUCUGCAGACCCACGCAGCUUCGCAGCUUGUGUCAAGAAUUCAGAGCUUAUGCCCAUAGACAUCAGCGUUCAAAUGGACGCAGAUGAAUUCUACAAUUCUCUCUUCGACCAGUGGGAACGCCAGCUCAUUAAAGAUGAGCACAAGCAGCAAUUCCGCUCAUUUUACGGAGGACAAACCUUAAACCAGAUCAAAUCAAAAGAGUGCGAACAUAUCUCGGAACGCAUGGAGCCCUUCUUCGCAGUACAAUGCGAUGUCCAAGGUAAGUCCACACUUCAAGAGAGUCUCCAAGCUUUCAUUAGAGGCGAUGUCAUGGAAGGCGACAACAAGUACAAGUGCGAGAGCUGCGGCGGUAAAUACGUUGAUGCGGUCAAGCGUACCUGCUUCAAGGAGGUGCCUGACAACCUCAUCUUCCAUCUGAAGCGCUUCGAGUUCGAUCUGGCCGACUUCAGCCGGAGAAAGGUCUACGAUCACUUCGAGUUUCCGCCGUCUAUCGACAUCAGCGCGUACCAUGUCGAUCAUCUUAGUGACCCCAGCAAACCAAGAGAAGUAGAUACGUUCGACCUUGUUGGUGUACUUGUACACACAGGUACCUGCGAGCAUGGCCAUUACUACUCUUAUAUUCGUGAGCGGCCUUGUCCGACAGGAAACGCGGCACCAACCUGGGUUGAGUUUGAUGACAGCAAUGUUGGACCUUUCGAUCCAGCAGACAUUGCGUACCGAGCCUUUGGAGGUUUGACGGACGAUACCUACAACCGCAUACCAAAACAAUACUCCGCAUACAUGCUCUUCUAUCAGCGCCGGACCGCUGUAGACAACGACCAGCGCAAUUGGGUCCCCUCUCCAGAUGGAAAAACACUCAAAGUUCCCAUGCCGCCAGCUCUCGAGAAUGAAGUUGAUCUUAACAACGAGUUGUUCAUUCGAGAAUACUGCCGUUUCGAUCCAAACCAUACAAAGUUCGUGCGACAGCUUCAUGCCAUGUCACGCACUAUCAAUCAUGGGUCCUGCUCUGAAGGCCAUGUACAGGAAUCUCACUCCUUGAAGAUAGUGCUUGCACACCUCGGCAACGUUGUCUGGCGUCAUAUGACUUCCGAUAUCUUUUCCGAAACCUUGCUUCAGCUACGACGCUCAGUUCUGCCCUGCUCAACGUGCUGCAACAUUAUUCUCAAGGCUCUUGCUGCCGACGAAUGGACUCUGCUUAAUCUGCUGCUCCGUUGCACACACGCCAAAGUACGGUCUCAGAUACGUAGCUUCUUCAUUGACUGUCUCAAGGUCUCGCGAGAAAAGGAUCCUGUCUUAUAUGGUCUGGAGUGCACUGAGAACGAUAUGGACCUUCAUCCUUCUGUACUCACUGGUGGGAUCCUCUCGAGCGUUACGACUAGGUUACGUGUCAUCACAACCGAGACUCACAUGGCCAUACGGGGCUGGGACGAUUUCUAUCUCACACUAACCCAGAUGCUCGAGCUAGGUCAUGUGGAGAUCGCUGUACUACUGGAUGGUGGCUUCCUGGAAUUCUCCUUGAAACUGCUUUGUAUGCACUCGUACAAGCGGUUCCAGGACGACGACCCCGACCUAUGGAGAAUCAUGAGCAAGAAGUCAGGAAUCUAUAAUAGGCUCAUCGGAUUCUUGUCGAAUCUGCUCUUAUAUACGGAUACUCGCCUGCCGACCCUCAGCCUAGAUGGUGAUCGCCUAGCCACGCUCGAUCGGGAGACUAUGAUGUUCCCAUUGACAUAUCGGGAACGCAGUAUGCUGUAUUGGUGGGACCCUGAUCUAAAAGCCAUCGCGGUCCUAGACAAGGCCCUGGAAAUAUUUGACGACUCGAAAGUGGACUACUUCCAUCCUGGUGACAUGGUCAAAUCAAUGCUCGGUUGGCAGGACCCACUGGCUCAGUUCAACCUCUUCAAAACCCUUAUCGAAGGCAUCGUCUCGCUCGACCCACCCUUUUGCGACGCUUACAUGAGAGCGGCACUGUCAUAUUGCGAAGGCUGUCCGGUGGUAGACAACGUUAACAAGAUCAUUACAACGAUUGCGAAAGCGGUUGCAUCAACAAACCGGAUGGAAGAGGGCCGCGCACCUGGCGGUUUGGUUGCUCUCGAUUUCUUUGGCGGUCUCUUGCAGACAAAGAACGAGGCUGUCUUCCAACAAAAGCACCGAUACAUAUUCUUCUUGUGGGUCAUCGGGAAAAGUCGCAUUUGGGCACCUCCUUUACUCUUACACACGCUGGAAGAUGUACGGCAAGGUGCACAGAUGCUCGUCUGCGAACUCUACAAGACCUGCGAAGAAUGGCCUGUGGAUCUAGUGCAGUUCAGAUGGAGAACCCUACGUGAGAUGAUCAGCGACAUGAUGAAGCGCAUCGUGUGCGAGAAAGAUUCUGGCAUGCUGAAACCCCAUCUGUCCCCACUUAUCGACACUUGCCGAUUCCUCGUCCAGCAACUCUACGACCUGAACCAGAAUGAGGAUCCCGAGUUGGAUCCGUAUAGAGAUGAGGUCAACGACACCACUUGCAUUCAACAAUGGGCUGCCGAGAUUGAGCCCAGGCUGGAAACAUGGCCACAGGAUGAUAGCCUAUCGGCGGCUGAUCUUUAUGAUAAUUCUGGCAGUGAGUCAGAUGGGGAAGAGACGUAUGAUAAUGACGUAUGA